AUGGAGACGAACUGGCAGCAAUGGCGGCUGGCAGGGGUGGGUUCGUUGGCAUUGUUGUUGGUGAAGUCGCAAUCGCAGGUGGCUACCCGUCGGUGCGCGGAUGUGUUUAAUCAGCAGUGCAAAACGGCAUCGUUCCAGGCACCGUUGUGGCAGGCGGCAGUGACAUUGAUCGCGCAGUUAGGCUGCUUGUCCUGGUGGUUGACGGAGCGGGUGGUGCAUCCGGUACAAAGCAGUGCGCCCAUGGAUGGCGUGACGGACGCCUUUGGCGAGUUGCACACACACCCGCCCGUCUGGAGCUACAUGUUUUUCGCAAUUCCUGGAGCACUGGAAGUCGUCGCCCUCACGAUGCUCUACAUUGCCCUUGGUACUCUGCCCCUUUCUUCCGUGCUCGCCGUCUUCGCCUUCGGCUACGUAGCCUACCGCAUCUUUACAGCCUGUCUCGGUCAAAGACGGCUUCAACGAUCCGACUACGUUUCGUUUGCGCUGCUCCUCCUUGCUGCCGUCUUCAUCGCCUGGGCGCAAAUCGAACGCGUCCUUCAACUGACGGCCGCCUUCACCCCUAGCGCCUUCACCCCCGGCGCCUUCAACCCUGGUGCCAGAGCAGCACCAAACACUCAACUGUUGAACGGGAAGCAAACAAGGGGGGAAACAGUGGCCGGAAACACAAGUCCGAGUCUGGGUUCAGACUUGGGUUUGGGUCCAGAUCUGGGAGGGGCAAUCGGUGGUGGAGCUGGACAAAAAGUUCUAGCGGAUGCCGUUCAGAUAAUUGACGGACUAGGACAGCCUACAUUGAGCAACGAAAGCUUCUUGUUGAUUGACACUAUUCUUUUCGCUUUAUUGCUCGGCCUCGCUGCAGGGGCGGUGUACACACUGCGCCUGAUAAUUGUUGAGGGUCUACUACAACGAUUCCGAUUCCACUACAUGCAGGCACUUGGGUUAGAAGCAUUGUACGGGUUAUCGCUAGCGGUGGUGGGACUGACAGUGGCGGAUGGCGUUAUGUUCGAGGACUCUGGUGUCACCAUGUUCCAACUCAUCACAAACGUGUCCCUGGUCUACUCGACACUCGGGUUCAUCGUGCUGCACUUCCUGUAUCUGUUGACCAGCUACUACCUGGUCUCAAACACGCGAAUAUUUAAAGGCGUCUGUUGCUCCCUCGGCCUGUGGACCGGUCUCUCGUCCGGCCUCAGGGAAACAAAACCAGGACCCAGGACGGGACCGAGUACACGACUCAGUGCUCGACGAAAACACAAAGCAACCAGCGAGGAUGAGGUCGAACCAGACCUGACCGCCCUAUACCCGGUCGAGUUCAUAUACCGGCUGCCUUUGGUACUUCUAGGCGAGCUGGUGUUACAAGGGGGGACUGGCUGGUGUCAAAUGCAAGGGCUGCCAAAAAGCAAUCCACAAAAACGACUCUCCGAAUUCAAAGCGCAACUGACAUCGAUCGCUCCACCGACUUGGCGGCCUAUUCGGAAAUACUACGCGCUCAAAGAAGCUCGUACUUGA